UCUCUCCUCUCUCUCUCUCUCUGAUCUUUUUAGUGAAACAGUAAGCAAAAGCCUCUCUCUCUCUCUCUCUCUCUCUCUCUCUUUCCCCUUCCUUCUUCUGAUCUUUUAGAAAGAGGCAAGGCAAACAAAUCUCUCUCUCUCUCUCUUCUUCUUCUUCCUUGUUCUGAAAACCCUAGUUUCUUCGUCCCAACCCUUUUAUGGGCAAAAAAACAUAGAAACUCCACACCCAAAGAGAAGGAGAGAGACCCUCUUUUAGCUUCAUGCUUCUGCAGCAACAAUCAAUUUCAGCAGCAUAGCAUGAUCCCUUUCUCCAUUAUUCUCCCCUUAUUCUCCUUCCUCUUCUUGCAAACCUGCUCAGGGACAAAGUGAAAACUUCCAAACUUCCAUAUACUCUCUCUCUCUCUCUCUCUCUCUCUCUCUCUCUCUCUGUACAUGUCCCUCUCAGAUCCCUCUAAGCAUUAAAAGGCAUAAUAUGGGCACUUAGAGCAAAAGCUCAGCUCAUUUUCCAAAGGAUACAUAUUCCUUUUUCAUAGUGUAGCUCCCUCUCUUUUCAUGGCCUUUUCUUCGUAGAGAAAAGCUUCCCUCCUCCGAUCUCUCUUCCCUGUUCGGUUCUCACAGACGGUGUCAAAUGUUGUUCUGAUCUCUUGCGAUAGUUACAAGGUAGCAAUAGAAGCCCAGGACUAGGACAGAAGAAGAAGAAGAAGAAGAAGAAGAAGAAGAAGAAAAAGAGGAGGCUGAGUGGUACUGUUUCACUAUGGAUUCGGUUAGCAGCGGGAGCAUGCAGUCCUCGAGCGGCGGGGACGACGAGUACGACUCGCGCGGGGAGUCGAUCUCGGCCUUCUUGAACAGCAACCCUAACCCGUCCCACCUUGGCGAUGGCACCAUCACGGGCCUGCCGCGUCAGCAUCACCAGCUGCAGCCUCCGCAGAUGGCCCUCCACUCCCCGUCCCCAUCCAUGUUCGACCCGCUGAUGUGCAACUUCUUUGACCCUAUGGCGACCCGGUCGGCCUCCCUCACAGCAGGGCCGAACUCGAUCCUCAACCUCGACAUGGCUGCGUGGUCCAAGAGCCCGAGGCCUGACCCGAACUGCACUGAUCUCGGCGGGUUCGGCCUCGCACCAAUGCAGCUGCAGCCUCUCCCGGGCUAUAGUAAUCAAGGACAAGGCCGGGGAUGCGUUCCCGGGCCUACUAGUUUUCCGGUCCUUUCGGAGCCCGAGGGUCUGAAGCAGUUAGGAUCUAUCUCGGGAUCCGCAGCGAAUGAGCAGGUUCCCGUAACUGGCACCACCACCACCACCACCAACAACGGCGUGAGCGGCGGCAAUACCUUAGGGAGGAACCCGAAGAAGAGAUCCCGAGCCUCCCGGCGGGCCCCCACCACCGUCCUGACCACCGACACGACCAACUUCCGGGCCAUGGUCCAAGAGUUCACCGGGAUUCCGGCCCCGCCAUUCACUGCCCCGCCCUUCCAGAGAAGCCGGCUUGAUCUAUUUGGCUCGGCCUCGGGGGCUCCAUCAUACCUUUUGAGGCCAUUUGCUCAAAAGAUACAGCCCCAGAUAGUCCCGCCCUUUGCUCCUCCUUCGUCGGCCUCCUCGAACUCAUCGUCUUCCUCAUUCCCUACUUCGAUGAUCGAUGCCUUAGCUUCAACCGCGGCAGGUAAUAACGUCACUAACACCGAUCUCGGCCUCCUCAAACCGUCACCGAGCUUUCUUAACCAGAACGCGUCAAACCCGGUUCUCGAUUUCCAGUCUCUCUUCCAAGCACCCGGCGGCCAGAAAUACCCUGUCGCCAGUUCAUCUAUGUUCCCUCCAAAGACCCUGGGAUCAUCGGAUAUUCCGGGGAGUGAUCAUAAUCACCAUAUGAAAAUCGGCGUGUUGGAGGAGUUUGGUCUUGGCCAUGGGCAAGUGAGCACACAAUUGCAAGCGGGGCUCCCGAACUUGGAAUCCUCAGACAGGACAUUGUCCGAGAACAACAAUAACAAUAAUGACGACGACAAUCCUCAUCCAAACUGGCACGCAGACGGAGGCAGGACAAACGAUGGCUCUAGUCAAGGCAUGUUGAGGCCUCUAGGAGGCAACUUCGGACGCAUUGGAAGCAGUGAUAGAGGUCCGGGGAGCGGCGGCACGAGAGGAGAAGGUAUGGUUGAAUCGUGGAUUUGUUCAUCGGAUUGAUCGGUUAGGAUUUUUGAGAAAUUUUUCGAUAUCGAAAAAGAGGUAAAAGAAGGGUAAAGAAGAGUUGCGAAUUUAUAUGAUGGAGGAAAUGAUGGGGGAAGAGUACAUUAGAGAUAUUGAUCAUCAUGUGUAACAUCGAAACAUAUACACAUACUUUUCUUUUUUUCUCUCUUUUAGUUUGUUAUCAAUGAUGUGUAAAUAAUAGCUUCUUUGUUAUGAUGUCUUAGCUUACAUUUCAAUUAUUUUGAUAACACACGUUAAUAUGUAGAUUCAUUGUCUCUUCAAUUAAUUGCAUUAUUAUGUUC